ACGGAACACAGUAAGUGACGUACCACAACAAAACACACACGGGUCUCCCACACCAUACACUGUAUAAGACAACUUUUACAAUAAUUUUACUAUCGUUAUUAUAUAAAUAACUGUAAUGUUGAUGUAAUAGUUGGCAAAGACGAUUUCGAUUAACGCUAUAUCCUCCAUAAUCGACAAACAGAAGUUGGCUGCUCAAAUGAGUGGAGGGGCUGACCUGUUUGGCCAGAUGACAGUGUGUGGUUGACUUCAUGAUGGCUCUGGUCAGGUUAACCUUCAAAACUAUCUCCAGGAUUCAUCAUGGAUCGUGUUGCCAUCGUUUUCAACCCCUGUCAUACGAUUUUGUGAAAGUUUGUGAAGGACGAAGAGAGGACCCUCCACACUUCUAUGUUUCGAGGAGAAAUUUAUCCAUUAAAAAUGCGUUAUUACCAUCAUCUAAACUGUGGAGCGCACAAAGUGGAAGACGAGUUUUCAGUUUAUCAGCUGCCUCUAUUGUGAACUCUGCACCUGCCCCUGUUCAACCAUAUUUACGUUUAAUGAGACUGGACAAACCAAUAGGGACAUGGCUGCUGUAUCUUCCAUGUACUUGGAGUAUUGCGCUGGCUUCUGACCCAGGAUGCCUUCCACACUUGGGCAUGCUCACUUUAUUUGGGACAGGGGCACUACUAAUGAGAGGGGCAGGCUGUACCAUCAAUGAUAUGUGGGAUAAAGACUUUGAUAAGAAGGUGUCACGGACAGCAACAAGACCUAUUGCCUCAGGGGAGAUAUCUCGGUUUCAGGCACUUGUCUUUCUAGGCGGUCAGCUUUCUCUUGCUCUUGGGGUUCUUUUGUGUCUUAACAAUUACAGUAUAGUUCUUGGUGCUGCCUCCUUGGGCCUUGUGGUCACCUACCCAUUAAUGAAGAGAAUCACAUAUUGGCCACAGUUGGUAUUAGGUCUCACCUUCAACUGGGGAGCACUGCUUGGUUGGUCUGCUAUUAAAGGCUCAUGUGAUUGGUCAGUUUGUCUCCCGCUUUAUUUCUCAGGAGUGAUGUGGACACUGAUAUACGACACCAUAUAUGCUCACCAGGACAAAGAUGAUGACAUUAAAGUCGGAGUCAGAUCCACUGCGCUAAAGUUCCAGAAUCAAACCAAGCCUUGGCUCAGUGGCUUUGCAGUCGCUAUGAUUUCUGGCCUGGCUGUGACAGGGAUCAAUGCAGAACAGACUCUUCCUUAUUAUGCUGUACUGUCGACUGUGGCCAUUCACUUAGCCUACCAGAUAUAUACACUUGACAUCAACAAACCAGAGGACUGUUGGAAGAAGUUUGUGUCUAAUAGAAACAUUGGACUUCUGUUGUUUUUGGGCAUUCUAACAGGCAAUUUAUGGAAAUAAGAUAUGUUAAGUAUGUGCUGUAUAUAAUACAAACAUUUUAACAUUUUAAUUAAAGUUUUAUCUCGGACAAUU